AUGUCGUAUACGGCUGACCAGACAGGAGAGACGGCGGUAGAGAAGUUUGGAGAACGGGUUGUGGAGCAGACCUUCAAGGUGACCCGCACGACUGGACGGGAGACACGGCGCGUCACGACAUACGCUAGUCACCCUGAGGCCAGCACAUGCAGCUGCGGGUAUCCAAGGUCCACACCGGAGAAGGCUCAUCAAGUAGUGGACCGCUACUACAAAGUGGAGGCUCUUAAAAAUGUAUACAGUACCCCUGUUGUCCCGCUCGACCCUACCGAGGCGUUUCGAGACAACACCACCAAGCCACCUUCGUACCCAAAGAGGCCAGGGCGUCCACGUGAGACACGUAUCAGAAGUUCUGGUGAGGUGGAUGGUGAUAAGAUGCGCAAGUGUGGGAAGUGUGGUGAGAAAGGUCAUAAUCGACUGGCAGGAGGAGGAGGGAGCAGGGAGGCGGCAGCCACAGCAGCAAAGUGGAAGUCAACAGCAAGGGGGGGAGCAGCAGCAGCAGCAGGGGCAGGGGAAGCAGAAGGGGAAGCAGAAGGGGAAGCAGAAGGGGCAGCCGAAGGGGCAGCGGGGGCAGAGGCAACAGCGAAGGGGAAGGCAGCAGAAAGCAGGGCAGGGGCACGGGCAUGGGCAAGGGCAGCAGCAGCAGGAGGAGGAAGAGCAGCAGCAACAGCAGCAGCAGCAGCAGCAGCAGCAGCAGCAGCAGCAGCAGCAGCAGCAGCAGGAGGAGCAGCAGCAACAGCAGCAGCAGCAGCAGCAGCAGCAGCAGCAGCAGCAGCAGCAGCAGCAGCAGGGGGAGGAGCAGCAGCAGCAGGGGGAGCAGCAGCAGCAGCAGCAGGGGGGACAGCAGCAGCAGCAGCAGCAGCAGGGGCAGCAGCAGCAGCAGCAGCAGCAGCAGGGGCAGCAGCAGCAGCAGGGGCAGCACCAGCAGCAGCAGCAGCAGCAGCAGCAGCAGCAGCAGGGGCAGCAGCAGGGGCAGCAGCACAGGGAGGAGGCAGCUGCAUCAGAGGGCCUAGCGUCGACAUCAGCUUCACAAGGAGCAGGGGUGCCAUCGGUUGUAUCUAG